UGCCCUAGAGAACGAACCCCUAAGAUAUGCAUAAAUACAAAAACGUACUCUGUGAGAAUUGAGACCCAAUCCUGCUUGCCCACCGUCUCAUCAUGUACGCCUCUGCGGUACUUCUGUUGUUCGGUGCCGGACUGGCGGCCAGUGCGCCCGCCGACGUCCUCCGUAGCUCGCCGCCGGAACCAGAGACUGUAACGCAGGCAAUCAUGAGGCAAAACGACGGACUGAACCUGUACCAAGGCGACAUUGACGGCCUGGAUCCUAACUCUCGUAAUGCCAUUCAAGAUGCAACGCGUUGGCCCAACGGUGUAAUUCCUUACGUCAUCGGGAGUGAAUACAGCCAUUCCUGCUAUGACACUGAUGGUAACUGUGCGUACUGGGCCUCCGUGGGAGAGUGCACCAACAGCGCGGCCUACAUGCAGGGCAGCUGCCCGCAGAGCUGUGGCAUGUGUAGCCGCUCCGCGGUUGAUAGAAGCUGUACAGACGAUAAUGAGUGGUGCUCGUACUGGGCUGGUCAAGGGGAGUGUACCAACAGCGCCGACUACAUGAACCAGAACUGCCGGUUGAGCUGUGGACUGUGUACGUCAGGCGGUGGCGGUGGAGCUUGUACGGACAACCAUGAGCAUUGCGGGUACUGGGCCAGUGUUGGCGAGUGUACCAACAGCGCCGACUACAUGAACCAGAACUGCAUGCUGAGCUGCAACCUGUGUGGAGGUGGCGGAAACAACAACGGAGGCACAACUCAGACCACUACUGCUUCUGCCGGGUCAGAGGUUGGUCGGAUUCAAGCGGCCAUGGAAGAGUUCCAUCGGCGAACCUGCAUCCGCUUUGUGCCCCGGACUAACGAACAGAACUACAUCCACAUCAGAAAGAGCACAGGACCGAUGGCAUGCUUUCGACAAACACUCUGAGACGCGCACCCUGGGCCUGCAGUACGACUAUGGUUCCCUCAUGCACUACGAGAGCCAUGCCUUCAGUAUGAACGGGAGGCAGGUCAUCGUACCCAGGCACCCCACAAAUGGCAUCGUGUUGGGAGCUGCUCCGGACUUCAGUUCUCUGGAUCUCCAGAAGCUCAACACGCUGUACAACUGCUAUGGCGGCAAAUAGAUAAAUCAUCACGAUACUGGAAAAAUAAAUGGA